AUGCCCCGCGAAGAAUACCAAGUCCCCACCGCCAACGCCGGCCAGCGCGGCGGCACCCGCGACGACCACCAAGUCCGUCACGUCAUGUCUUAUAUCUGCGGCGACUGCGGCGGCAGCGUCACCCUCGGAAAGGAUGCCACCGUCGCGUGCCCUCACUGCGCAGGCCGUGUUCUCUACAAGGAACGCACGAAGCGAAUGGUUCAGUUCGAGGCCCGAUAG